GUUGAAAAUGAUUUCUCUUUGGAUCGUGCAUUAUCUUGUAUGAGCUAUGCGCACAACAACAAAUCCGGCAAGCCAUACUCCCACCUUCGUCUGGGACCGCUCAGGUGUUCCGGAGCAGUGGGAGGAUGAGUCUUUCGUCAACGGUCAGACUAGAGGCAGCACCGUGGACAGGAGUCUGCUCGAGGACUUCAUUUAUAUACCAGACCAUUCCUCCACCUCGAACUACGAAUUCACCACGUUCGAAGGCAUAUUCCACUCCAACGCACUUGAGAAUAUCAACCAGGGAAAGUAUGAAGGCACAAACGGACUGACGGCUUGGAUACAUGACAGGAACAGCGAUUCAUACCAAUGCCGUUCUUACAACGGAGCUAUGUCGACAGAAGGCUUCGACAGAGUGUUGCGUCGAAAGCGUUUCUCGGAGCCGAACGAAGUUGAUGCACACACCAGGCGCAUAUACUUGCCGAACCCACAUCCGACAAUAUUAGGUGUGCUCGCCUUGAGGUCAUCACAGCAACAAACCCCUAUGAUAAGGAAAAUUAUCUACCGGCAUCUGAAAGCAGACGCCUCUCUUUCUGUCGAGUUUGGGCUCGGUGGGAGAACCUUCGCAUUCGAGGCCAGCAUUCCUUUUUUUGUGGUAAAACGAAGCAAAAUAGUAAUGAGGGAUGCCAGAACCACCUCCAGCGGCAGCCAGAUCCGAAAAACGCACGAUCUUUCUUUCCUCUCAAAGUCUUACACCUGGUCUAAAGAUGAGGGAGCAUCUGAUGCUCUCCAUGAGUGUCACAUCUCGAUGUUCAUAACCGGAUGGAACGUAAACUUCUGGACAGCAGUCUGUCUCAACGAUACUUACUACUAUGACGACGAUAUCCUGGGGUAUAACGAGGACAUGCUGCGACAUUACGACAACCGCGGUCCACCUGAUGAAUCCACCCCUCCCUUGGAUCCUUUGAGCAUUGGCAAUCUAACCGCUGACGCCAUAUCUCCAAACGAUCCCAGAGACUACUUCCUACUCAUUCUCAAACACCGAACGCAAAAGACGUGAUUUUUGGGUUAGAACCUAGG